CACACUCAGUCUCUCUCUCUCUCCUCUCUCUUCCUCUCCCUCUCUCUCUCUCUAAAACGUUCUCUCCUCUUUCUCUCUCUGUCUCUUCUGAUACAGCGAGGUUACAGGGCCGUGUACUCCCAGAGAAAAUACAGCUCAGAAACCCUAGACAGAAAAGAAGAACAACAACAGCAAGAAGCUGAACUCUGUAUUCGUUGAGAGAGAUUCGAAAGCAAAAAGGAAAAAAGAAAUAAAAAAUAAAACCGACGGAGAAAUCAAAGAGUGGGUUUUGUUCUGUUUUGUGUUCUGAUCAGUUUGGAUUGAGAAAAAUCUUGUGGGUUUCUUAGAACUGCCUCUAUCUGUUAGUGUUGAAGUUUUUCCUAUACUCUCCGGGUUUUUGGUUGAUAGAGUGAGGACAUACAUGUUUUAAGUUUGGAAUCAGGGGUUUGGUAGAGAGAGAAUAUGAUUCGUUGAUUAUUUAAGCUUUUGUGCUCAAUGGUUGACGUUACAGUGGAUCUGAAACUUGGUAUGUUCAACAGAGAUUCAUGUGAAAUCUGGUCGAAGAUUGCUUGUUUCACGGUGAUAGUAAGACUCUAGAAUGCUUAGAAUCGAAGCUCGUUUUCGGGUUUGGGCUUUUUUUGGUCUUUGGUUUGUGUUUGGUAAUCAGCACAACAUGCUCAGACACGAAGCAUACCCUUUUCUGUUGGUGCACAAUAACGACUUUGAAGCCUUUGGCCAUGGAUUUUGGAGUGAAAUGCCAUCUGGGUUGAGCUCUGUGCUCGGAGUUUAGGUUAGUUUAUUGAAAAUUCAUGUUCUUUUAGAUAGUUGUCGCCGAGUAUUUAUUCUUGUGGUUCUGGAAAAGAUGGUGCCUUCGGGGCCGCCCACUCCUAUUGGUGGUGCCCAACCUGUUCCGCCGUCGCUCUUGAGAUCAAAUUCCGGUAUGUUGGGAGCUCAAGGUGCCCCCCUACCUGCGCAGGCAGUGUUUCCUUCGCUUGUCUCACCGCGCACUCAAUUUAACAACAUGAAUAUGCUUGGAAAUGUUCCUAAUGUGUCUUCGCUCUUAAAUCAAUCUUUUGGAAAUGGGAUUCCGAAUUCAGGGCUUCCUGGCCCUGGUGGUAGCCAGCGUGGAGGUAUCGAUACAGGGGCCGAGUCGGAUCCACUUUCUUCUGUUGGCAAUGGAAUGAGCUUCAAUGCUCCUUCGUCUACUUACGUUGCAUCAACUAUGGCUAACCCUGGUUCAUCUGGUCAAGGUCAGGGUCAACAGUUUUCUAAUGCUUCUGGUAACCAGCUGUUGCCGGAUCAACAGCAGUCUCAGCAGCUUGAGCCUCAGAACUUUCAGCAUGGUCAGCAGCCAAUGCAACAGUUUUCCAGCCCUCACAACGCACAGCAACAGCAGCAGCAAUUUCAAGCUAUCCGAGGAGGCUUAGCUGGCGUUGGACCAGUCAAGUUAGAGCCCCAAGUGAGUAAUGAUCAACACGGACAACAACAACCGCAGCCACAGCACCAGCAGUUGCAUCCCUUGAGAAAUCUUAGUGCGGUGAAAUUGGAACCGCAACAACUUCAGAAUAUGCGAGGCUUGGCGCCUGUAAAGUUGGAACCCCAACACUCGGAUCAGUCGUUGUUUAUGCAUCAGCAGCAGCAGCAGCAGCAGCAGCAGCAGUUCCUGCACAUGUCGAGGCAGUCCUCUCAGGCUGCUGCAGCUCAGAUGAAUCUUUUGAAUCAACAAAGAUACUUACAGUUACAACAGCAACACCAGCAACAACAACUCUUAAAAGCAAUGCCUCAGCAACGGGCUCAAUUACAACAGCUUCAGCAGCAGAAUAUACCGUUGAGAUCACCUGCAAAACCCCCUUAUGAACCUGGAAUGUGUGCAAGGCGUUUGACGAGUUAUAUGCACCAACAACAACAAAGGCCUCAAGACAACAAUAUUGAGUUCUGGAGGAAAUUUGUUACCGAGUUCUUUGCACCCCAUGCAAAAAAGAAAUGGUGUGUUUCUAUGUAUGGAAGUGGCCGGCAAACAACUGGUGUUUUCCCUCAGGAUGUAUGGCAUUGUGAAAUAUGCAAUCGGAAACCUGGCCGUGGUUUUGAAGCGACUGUUGAGGUUCUCCCCAGGCUUUUUAAAAUUAAGUAUGAAAGUGGUACUUUGGAGGAACUUUUGUAUAUUGAUAUGCCCCGUGAGUACCCCAAUUCAUCAGGCCAAAUCGUCUUAGACUAUGCAAAGGCAAUACAAGAAAGUGUUUUUGAUCAACUUCGUGUUGUUCGUGAUGGCCAACUUCGAAUAGUUUUCUCUCCAGAUCUUAAGAUAUGCUCUUGGGAAUUUUGUGCAAGGCGUCAUGAAGAACUUAUUCCUCGAAGAUUGUUGAUACCUCAGGUUAGUCAGCUUGGUAAUGCUGCUCAGAAAUACCAGGCUGCUACUCAAAAUGCGUCGUCCAAUUUAUCAAUUCCAGAGAUGCAAAAUAAUUGUAAUAUGUUUGUGGCUUCUGCUCGACAAUUGGCAAAAACUUUGGAAGUCCCAUUAGUGAAUGAUUUAGGUUAUACAAAGAGAUAUGUACGCUGCUUGCAGAUAUCAGAAGUGGUGAAUAGUAUGAAGGACUUGAUUGAUUACAGUCGAGAAACAGGAACAGGCCCUAUGGAGAGCUUGGCCAAGUUUCCUCGAAGAACAAGCACGACGUCUGGGCUACGCAGCCAAUCUCAACAGUCUGAAGAACAGCUACAACAGCAGCAGCAGCAGCAGCAACAGCAACAGCAACAGCAGCAGCAGCAGCAGCAGCAGCAGCAGCCAGCAAUGACCCCGAAUUCAAAUGGUGAUCAAAGCUCUGGCCAAGGCACAAUGCAACUUGCCUCUAGCAAUGGUGUUGCUAGUGUAAAUAAUCCUCUGAACCCAGCUUCCACAUCUUCCUCUGCGAGCACCAUCGCCGGGCUCCUCCACCAAAAUUCAAUGAAUUCCAGACAGCAAAAUUCUAUGAAUAAUGCAAGCAGUCCAUAUGGAGGUAGUUCAGUUCAGAUCCCUUCCCCAGGUUCUUCCAGUACGAUUCCGCAGUCACAACCCAACCCUUCCCCUUUCCAGUCACCAACGCCCUCGUCUUCUAACAAUCCACCGCAAACAUCACACGGUGCAUUACCAGCUGCCAGUCACAUGAGUACUGCAAACUCACCGGCAAAUAUCUCCAUGCAGCAACAGCCGGCUCUCUCUGGUGAGGCUGAUCCAAGUGAUUCCCAGAGCUCUGUCCAGAAAAUCUUGCAUGAAAUGAUGAUGUCCAACCAACUCAAUGGAGGUAUGGUUGGUGCCGGUGCUAUGGGGAAUGAUGUGAAGGGGAUUUUGCCAACGAGUAACAACACAAGCAUGAAUGGUGGAAACUGCCUAGUAGGGAAUGGGAUGUCCAACAGUAAUUCGGGUAUUGCAGGUGCCGGAUUUGGCACAAUGGGUGUUGCUGGACUUGGUCAAUCUGCCAUGGUUAAUGGGAUCAGAGCUGCAAUGGGAAAUAAUGCGAUGAUGAAUGGAAGAGUGGGAAUGCCGUUGAUAGGUCGAGACCAGAUUAUGCAUCAUCAACAGCAGCAAGAUUUGGGGAACCAGCUGCUUAGUGGGCUAGGAGCUGUUAAUGGCUUUAAUAAUCUACAAUUUGAUUGGAAAUCUUCCCCUUGAAUAGCUCGAUUGACCGACCGCCUUUUACAUGUGUAUGGUUCUUGAUCACGGCUGCUUGUGCGGCAUGAGAAAAUGGCAGAAUUGCCUGUGGUGGCCCUGUGGAGGAUGGUUUAUAAAAAGGAAAAAGAAAAAAGAAAAGAGAAGAAAAAGAACACAAACGGGGUGAAAAUGGUUAUAACAGGGCUACUUCCCACUUUGUACUAAUCUGUUAUUUAUAUAUAAGUGAAAGGAAAAUAUGGUGGCUGGUUUGUGUGGCUGACGGGGCUAAUUUUUUCUUGUGGUUUUCAAUAUACUUUUAUAUAUUCUUUUUCCUUUUUCACUUAAUAGUUCUUAUUUUGUUUUACUACAAUUUUCAAACUUCUGAUGUUGUCUUUUUCUCGUGUUACCGAUUAGAAUAGCGGAGUCAAAGGAUUGAGCAGAGUAACUAGUUCUAUCCAGACAAGUUGUGUU